AUGGCAGCUGGCUGCAGCGUGCACGCUCAAGGAGGAGGGUCUUCGGCGUCGAUAACUGGACGGCCAUGUGAACGGCGAGUCACCUCUACCGCUGUGAUCCCUACUAGCGGUUGCUGGCUCCUUCUAUUCUCGGCGCUCUUGCUGGCCGUCGGGACAGGUGACGCCCAAAACGACGACCAAUCCUACGCUGAAGAUGGCACGGAACGAGGGCCCAACUCCAAGCUCGCCAAGAAGGCUGAGUUUGAAGCCCACACUACGCCGUUGGCCGACUUGAUCUUUUUGCAGAUGUACAUGCUGCUUGCCCUUGGAGGGUUGAUAGUCCUGGUCGUGGUCUGCUUCUGCUGUCACAAGGUUCGCGCCGCGCGCUCCAUGGUCCACGAGGAGGAGGCAAACAUCCAUGACGUCGAGGCACGGUUCCAGGCGGCCGAAGACGAGAAGAGGGCAGCCAUAGCGGGAGGGGGCGGGCAGCGAGGCAGUGUUCCACGGAAGCUUCGGUCGCACGGCAGGGACGCAGCGCCCUCCGCAGGCGUGCGGGAAGGCGUCUCACAUCCGGCAAGAGGGCAGGCGGCGGCAAUCGCCUGGGAAAAAACGUCGUCCGACUGGACUGUGGCAACCAGCAUGGUCUCCUCCUCCCGUGACGACCUCUCCAGUAGCCAGGGUGGCAAGGUACCCAGCGCCGACGGUGCGGGCUCAAGUAUCGCAGGAGGCAGUCACCGGACUGCCAAGAAACAGCAGCGACGGCCUUCCUCCAAGUCGCCUCGAACCAGCACCAAGUCUUCUUCUUCAGAUGGAGGCGCAACCUCUGCUUCUCCAAGGCGGGUUGAAAGGGUAGUGGCAGAGGCAACGCAGGUGGCCGGCACAAAGAGUGACGCGGGCGGGCGCGAGGUGCUGGGAGAGGAUCGGAGCAGCGGAGCUACUCGCAAUGCGAGACGGAGGGACUCGCAGGAGGAAGGCCCUGAAGAACACCUUAGUAGGACCGGCACCAACAGCAACAAAGGAGGUAACGGCAGCACCACCAGCAUGGCAUGA